AUGGAGGGCCUGCGGGGACAUCAACAUACCGCAUUUACGACGCUCACGACCUCCUUCGUCGCCCCAACACCUACCCUCCUCACCCUCACCUCGAUGGCCGAAAAAGCGCAGUCUAGGAUCCAGAAGCUCAUGGCGGGCCAAGAAUCCCCCUUCCAACAGGCGGAGGCGGGCACGAUUCCUAUGCGAGUACAGCGGACAAGCGACUCGACUAUGAAUGGCGUCGUCAUUGGAUUGCUCAGCUCAUUUGGCAGCGCCCUGCUGAUUGCCUUCGUCUUUUUAAUCGUCUAUUUCUUCAGAUACACCAGCAGCGGCCGCAUAUUUCUGGAUCGUAUUGGGCGGCCCGGCGAGUACGACGAUGAACAAGCGUUUGCCCGGGAGGAGGCGGACGCCUUGGAGGAAAUGGACGAUAUACAAAGGACGGAGUACUUGAGGGCUAAAGCCUUUAUCCAAGUAAACCCACCAGAUUCCCUGCCGACAGACAUUUCAUUAUCACAAUACCUAGCUAUCCAGGAGAAAGGCGUAUCGGCGUGGGAAUUCGAGCCAGAGUUAGAGAUUGCGAAUUGUUUUGUGGAGGCUAGGACGGAGAUUGAGUUUUAUGAUAGCGAAUGCUCCGUUCUCUCAAAUCUUCCCCUUCCCAAACAGAACGAGGUUUAUUACUGGGAGGCGAAGAUAUACGACAAACCUGAAACAUCUUUGAUAAGUAUAGGAGUGGCUACCAAGCCAUACCCACUAUUCAGACUACCUGGUUGGCACAAGUAUUCUGUUGCGUAUACAUCUGCUGGGCAACGAAGGUAUAACCAGCCAUUCAAUGCCCCAGUUUAUGGCCCAGCAUUCGUUCAGGGAGAUGUUAUCGGUGUUGGGUACCGCCCACGAACUGGGGCGAUAUUCUUCACGCGAAACGGGAAGAAGCUAGAAGACGUGGCACAUGGGUUAAAGUCUCAAAAUCUCUUCCCGGCAGUUGGCGCGAAUGGUCCAUGCAGGGUUCACGUCAACUUCGGACAGUCAGGCUUUGUCUUUAUUGAAGCAAACGUUAAGAAAUGGGGGCUAGCUCCCAUGACUGGUAGUCUUGCUCCACCCCCGCCAUAUGGGAGCGAGCAAGGCAGUAUUCUUCUCGAAGCCGGGCGUGAAGGCGCCCAAAGCAGCCAAGGUCAUUAUCCAGAUACAAGACAUGGUCGGACGAGGAGCGGAAACGUCAGACACCAUCCACCUACGAGCCCAGGCCCUGUACGCUCACCAACCGAUAUUUCCCUCGCUCAGCUCACCCAUAUCCCAACGAAUGAAGGACCAGGAGAGUCUAGUACGUCUCCUGCCGUAACAACAACUGGAAAUACAUUACAAGUAGGCUUGGGGGCUCACGAUCCCACUAAUCCGCCGCCCGAAUAUACCAGUCCACAACCCUCAAACGCCGGAAGCCGUCGAGGAAGCGAUGAAAGCGAGAGAGUACCCUUGAUACGGAGGGAGAGCGCCCCCCCUCCACCAAUACCGAGUUAUAAUGAUACCGUGGCCGAGGAUAGAAGAAGGGAGAGGAGCGCUAGCCAAGUUCAGAGGAGUGAUAGUGAAGACUCCGACGGGCAUAGCUCGAGGUCAUAA